CUUCCGCGUACACGCGAUCGGCGGCAUGGACGGCACGCGACCAUCGGAAGAGAAGGACCUUCCUCUGUUCACGCUCUCUUACUUUCUCCAGAAGUCAAAUCAUUCUUGCCGCCUACCAAUCAACUGUCUAUAAAAUAUGUGUCUGCCUAUUUCAACAGGCUAAGCCAAUCGCGAUCAGCACUUCUUUUCAAGGUGUGACCGGAAAAAUUCAAUAGAAAGCAAAAUCUUUUGAGUGAGAAACUUCUCUUCAUAAAUGAGAGAAGACAGAAGAAGGAGAAGAAAUUGCAACAUAGGCAAGAAAGCAACUUGACUUGCCCAUCUCUGUUGCUCUUCGCUCCUGUAUCCAUCAUGUACUGCAGCAUGUACUUGCAGGAGGAUUGUGUCGUCUAAAAGCCGAAUCCUUCUUCCUUGAGGUGUGAAGGAGAGAUACCCAAGUGAAUCCAAUGAUGGAAGAAAGAGGAAGAUCGGCAGAGGGAUUUGCAGAGUUGCAACAGGAUGGUUGGGAUGAAGAAAUGGAGGGAAAUGGAGCCGCCAUUCUGGAGGAUUAUAAGAAGCCACCACCAUGGUUUCGACAGAUAACAGCGAGGGGUCUAAUUGCUAGCCUGGUGAUUGGGGUGAUGUACAGUGUGAUUGUCAUGAAACUGAACCUAACUACGGGGCUGGUCCCUUCCCUUAAUGUCUCGGCUGCGUUGCUGGCGUUCGUGUGCUUGAAGAGUUGGACUUCGAUCCUCCACCAAGCAGGGAUCGUUACCGUGCCCUUCACUCGCCAGGAGAAUACAGUGGUGCAGACGUGUGCAGUCGCGUGCUAUAGCAUUGCUGUAGGAGGUGGCUUUGGAUCAUAUCUUCUGGGUAUGAACAAGAAGACUUACGAACAGGCAGGGGUGGAUACAGAGGGGAAUACUCCUGGCAGUUACAAGGAACUAGAAAUUGGGUGGAUGACUGGCUUUCUCUUUGUCACUGCUUUUGUUGGGCUUUUAGCCCUGGUUCCUCUCAGGAAGAUUAUGAUAAUUGAUUACAAACUGACUUACCCAAGUGGCACCGCAACAGCUGUUCUCAUCAAUGGCUUCCAUACUGCUGAAGGAGAUAGAACGGCCAGGAGGCAGGUCCAAGGUUUUGCAAAGUAUUUCAGCCUCAGCUUUUUUUGGGGAUUCUUCCAAUGGCUUUACUCAGGUGGACGAUCAUGUGGAUUUUCAUACUUCCCCACUUUUGGACUACAAGCCUGGAAGCAAACGUUUUACUUUGAUUUCAGCAUGACAUAUGUUGGGGCAGGAAUGAUUUGUUCACAUUUAGUUAACCUGUCUCUUCUACUUGGAGCCGUACUUUCAUGGGGAAUAAUGUGGCCUCUGAUAGGUGAUCUCAAGGGAAACUGGUUUCCUUCAAAUCUACCUGAAAGCAGUAUGAAAAGCCUUCAAGGUUACAAGGUUUUCAUCUCCAUUGCUCUUAUCCUUGGUGACGGCCUCUACAAUUUUGUAAAGAUUCUUGCUUUUACUGUCAGAAACUUAUGCAGCCAACUUAAAAACAGAAAUGUCAAACCAGUCGCUUAUCAAAACCCAAAUGAAGAUCAUGGAUUGAAUGAGUUCUUCUUGAGAGAAAAAAUUCCAUUAUGGUUGGCUGCGUCAGGAUAUCUGGUCCUUGCUGUGAUCUCCACAAUCUUAAUUCCCCACAUGUUUGUUGAGAUGAGAUGGUACUACGUGACACUAGCAUACAUACUUGCCCCUGCCCUGGGAUUCUGCAACGCGUAUGGGGCAGGUCUCACAGAUAUGAACAUGGCAUAUAACUAUGGCAAAGUCUCACUUUUCAUUUUAGCUGCAUGGGCUGGGAAAGAUGGUGGUGGGGUCAUUGCUGGCCUAGUUGGUUGUGGGCUAAUCAAGUCGAUAGUUUCCAUCUCAGCUGACCUUAUGCAGGAUUUUAAAACUGCCCAUUUGACUCUUACUUCUCCAAGGUCUAUGGUAAUAAGCCAAGCUAUUGGGACGGCAAUGGGAUGUGUUGUUGCUCCCUUGACAUUCUGGCUGUUCUACAAGGCCUUCGAUGUGGGAGACCCAAAUGGAGAAUACAAAGCUCCCUAUGCACUUAUCUAUAGGAACAUGGCUAUACUUGGUGUAGAAGGCUUUUCUGCACUUCCACAUCAUUGCUUGCAGCUCUGCUGUGUUUUUUUUGCUUUUGCACUGCUGAUGAAUCUGGCCAGAGACUUGCUGCCAGACACUAUUGGGAAGUAUGCUCCUUUGCCUAUGGCAAUGGCAGUCCCAUUUUUGGUAGGUGCUUACUUUGCAAUCGACAUGUGCAUUGGAAGCUUGGUUAGAUAUCUAUGGGGUAAACUUGACCACAGGAAGGCUACUGUGAUGGUUCCUGCUGUUGCUUCUGGUCUUAUAUGUGGGGAAGGGCUCUGGAUCCUCCCUUCAUCCGUAUUAGCUCUGGCUAAGGUCAAUCCACCCAUGUGCAUGAGAUUCUCCGCAGUAUAGUUGUUGAAGGAAUGAGUGGCAUGUACAAGUGAGGACCAUUUCCACAUUCUUUUGUUCAGUGACUGCACCAGAUUUCUUCAAAAGAUCAUCAGAUGAAUUAUUCCUCGAUGCAUGCAACUAGUUUAAGAUGGUGGCAAGCUUGUGUCAACAAUGGGAAAAGUAUGGCGACUUAAUAAGCUUCCUCAUGAAUCAAAAAGAUAAUCAUCCUAAUAUUAUCAGCUGACACUGCUGCUGCCUGCUACGGUUCAGUAAUCACGAAAUCCUUUGCCCGGAAGAAAAGGAAGAAAGUAUGUCAGUACUCAGUAGCAGUUCAAAGUCUUCUCAUGCACCAUAAACUAUCCGAAAACAUUGGAUAUUUCCUAUCAAUCUGGAUGCUUCUUGCCUGCAAUUUAUUGUCAUUUAAUUGUCAUUAAGUCUGCAAAUGUAAUAUUAAUUAUUAAUCAACAGGCCUUUUCUGUAGCA